AUGAUGCUUCGGCUGACAACGAUGAGGCCGAUGUUGUUAGCUGCCGUGGCAGUGAUGCGCUGCCCGUCAGCUGUGGCCUUUGUCCGGCCGCCUACCCUGAGAUAUGCCUCUGGAGUGCGGCAUGCGGUGUCCUCGCGCCGCCUGCCGCGCAUGAGCUCGCUAAUGGAAGACGUCAUGGAAGACACGGCACCCGUCAUCAACGCUGCUGGUGCGGACGUCAGGGUGCGGUUUGCACCCUCUCCGACCGGAACGCUGCACGUUGGUGGCGCAAGGACUGCCCUCUUCAACUUCCUCCAGGCCAAGAAUGCUGGAGGGAAAUUUAUUCUGCGCAUCGAGGACACUGAUGAGGCUAGGAGCUCCCGGGAGUCUGAAGAGAGCAUGCUGGCUGACCUUAGAUGGCUUGGGUUGGAGUGGGAUGAGGGACCUGACAAGGGAGGCGAGGUUGGGCCUUACCGCCAAUCUGAGCGCGGGGAGAUCUACAAGGAGAUGGCCGACAAGCUGGUAGAAGCCGGGUGGGCGUACCCCUGCUUCUGUACUGAAGAGGAACUGAUCGCCAAGCGCGAGCAGGCCGAAAACAAGAACGAAGCUCCGCAGUACGAUGGUACAUGGAGGGAUGCGGAUCCUGCAGAGGUUAAGGCGAAGAUGGAAGAAGGGGUGCCGUACACCUACCGCUUCAAAGUACCCAAGGGCAAGCGUAUUGUAAUCCAAGAUCUGGUGAGGGGACAAGUUGCUUGGGACGCCGAGGCUACCGUGGGGGACUUCAUCCUUUUGCGCUCAACUGGAGUGCCUGUGUACAACUUCUGCGUUGCUGUGGAUGAUGCCCAGAUGGGAAUCACCCACGUAGUACGUGCGGAGGAGCACUUGACCAAUUCUCUGAGGCAGUGCCUCAUAUUGGAUGCGCUGGAGUUUCCGAGGCCCCAGUAUGCCCACUGCUCCCUUAUCCUGGGCGAGGACCGCUCGAAACUCAGCAAGCGCCACGGAGCAACGAGCGUGGGCCAGUUCCGCCAGCAGGGCUUCUUGCCUAGCGCAAUGAAGAACUACCUUUCGCUGUUGGGGUGGAACGACGGCACGGAGAAGGAAAUAUUCACGGAAGAAGAGCUUCACGAAGCCUUCGACCUUCGGCGUGUCGUAAAGUCGUCUGCCGUGUUCGAUAUGACCAAGCUCAAGUGGAUGAACGGCCAGCACUUGAGGGCUCUCGCUGUGGAGGAGUUAGUUCCCAUGGUCGGGAGUACCCUUGUCGAAGCGGGCGUGUGCAAGGACGCGGGCGGCCCGUUCGUAAUGAGCGCAGCGACGUUGGUUCAGGGGUCCCUUGAGCUUGUGACUGAUGCGAUUAGCCAGACGCAGGACAUGUUGGGAUACAAGUUCGACGAAACGAUUUCUUCGGAAGAGUCCACAGAAUUGGUGGGCGACGGAUUUUCAGAGGUGGUGGCUGCCAUCGUUGCGGACUUCGAUGCGGGGGAAAUGCCGAAGCCGGGAGCCGAGGACUUCUCCCCGGCAUUCAAGAAGUGGAUCAAGGCAAAGGGCAAGGCAUUGACAAGGAAGGGAAAGCGCCUGUUUCACCCCAUCCGAUUGGCCUUGACGGGAAGCAUGAGUGGCCCGGACAUCGGGGAGCAGCUAAAAUUACUGGAACUUGCUUCGGAGGAAGGGGUGGAGAACGUAUCGUUGGCGGCCAGGAUAGAAACUCUCAAAGCUUGGCUUGCCACGCAAGAGUGAUUGAAGCCCAUAUUUGGAAGAGGAGAUCAAGCGAACCUCGGGGGCGGGCGUGCUUGGAAACGAUAACUUCAAUGGUUGACUAUCCGACCUGAGGCUUCUUUCUCCGGAGAAAAAAAACAUACAUGCCCUUGGGGGGUGUUUUUUGUUUCGUAUUUUAUCGCCUGCUCUUAAUCAAAUAUGCCCUCGAUAUUCACUCUACGACUUGGCAACGACUCAUCUUCAACAUGUG